CACCCCUGCCCCGAAGUGGCUGCGAUACCGAGAAAGUCGCCCGGCCAGGGUCCGGACCUGGGCGGGGGCGGCCGCUUUGUCCCUCUGCUGGGCGGCGGGGGCUGGCGGCGCGGGGGCGCCCAGCACAAAGGCCUGGUGCGAGAGUGGGGUUGCCCACGUGGGCUGGUCUUGGCCGCGGGUGGACCCUCCCCACGCGAGCGGGCUCGGAGCUUCCUGCCGCGCGGUGUGUGUGUGUGUGUGUGUGUGUGUGUGUGUGCGCGCGCGCGCGCAGGUCCCCGCACUCUGGCCCCUGUUCUGGGCCAAGCGCCCUGCAGAGCCGGCGAGUUUCCGGGGUCAGAAACGGGCUCACGCAACUGGGGCUUCGGGGUGCACAAGGCCCGGCUUGGCGCCCAAAAUCAGAGAAAGAAAGUCUCCAGCGGGACAGAUGUGGGUCCUCUGACGCCCACCCCACGAGUCCGAAACCUGGCAGGAGGGGCUGUCGCGCUGGUGGUGGUCCCGGGCGCGCAGGGUUUGGGGCUGGGAGAGGGGCCGCAAUGAGACGGGAUCGCCGCCUGCAGAUCCGGUUCCCCGCUGCCCGCCCGCACCCCCUGACCUGGACGCGCGCACCGGGCACACACUCGCAAACACAGCCGGGGGCGGACCCCGCCGCUGCAGCGCCUUUCUGUCUUCCCGGCGACCCCCACCCUCGACUGCAGAAAGAUAAGCUUCAAGUUUUCGCUCCGUAUCUCAAAUGUGCAUGAAGGAAUUUAACUGCACGAGUGAAUAACAGCAUUAGUUUCAAUUAAUUUUUUUUAAUCCCGGCAACAAUAAACUUUGAGAACAAAAGCGCUUUUACGUCCUUAAUUAGGCGAGCUUCCCAUCUGUGGUCUCCAAGUGUCUGCCUCUUGAUUUAACUUUGUCCCCGCCCCGCCUCCGCCGCAACCCCUCCCGGCCCAGCCCGGCGCUUCGGGUGCCGUGGCCACCCCGCCCCGCGGCGCCUCCAGCCUUGGCCCAGCCGUCUCCCGUCCCCCUAAGUUCACACCAGCCGGCUGGAUCCGCGGCGGAGGCGGGGUGAGGGGGGAGGCUGGCGCGCACCAGGUGGCCCGCCUGCCUCUCCGGGGCCACCCCUGGGACAAUUGUGCAGGCCCCCGGGACUUUCGCCCCGGGCCAGCGCCCUGAGUGCAGAGCCGAAGGGAGCUCGAGAGGCGCCUUCUGUUUACCUUUUAUGGUUAAAAUAACAGCUUAGCAAAGAAGCGACUUCACGAAGAAGCGAUUUAGUGAAAUCGUCUCAAGCUGCCGCAGCUCAGCCAGUUUAAUCACCCCCAGAGAGCCGAACAACUGCGAGCGCAAUGGGACACAAAAUCAUUUUCAGUGGUCUCGGACAGAGGGUCGUGGUCCUGCACGGAUGCGCUUGUUGGGGGAAACCUUGGAGAUUCACGGCAAGGCGUAAAGCCUGGGGCUUCCAGCGAUACUCUGGGCAGGGAUGGAAGCCUAGAUGCCUCACCGCAAGGAGCGGCCGAGCGGGUCCUCACUUCACACACACGGCAGCACCGGCACCGCGGAGGGAGGAAACAUGUCCCGGCUGUCUCUCACCCGGUCGCCUGUGUCUCCCCUGGCUGCCCAGGGCAUCCCCCUGCCAGCCCAGCUCACCAAGUCCAAUGCACCUGUGCACAUCGAUGUGGGUGGCCACAUGUACACCAGCAGCCUGGCGACGCUCACCAAGUACCCUGACUCCAGAAUAAGCCGCCUCUUCAAUGGCACUGAACCCAUCGUCCUGGACAGUUUGAAGCAACAUUAUUUCAUUGACCGGGAUGGGGAGAUUUUCCGCUAUGUCCUGAGCUUCCUGCGGACGUCCAAGCUGCUGCUCCCAGAUGACUUUAAGGCACAGUGGCUCACUUGGUCAUCUCAGCACUUUGGGAGGCCAAGUGGGGAGGAUCCUUUGAGGCCUGGAGUUCAAGACCAGCCUGGGCAACAUAGCGAGACCCUGUCUAUACAAUUUUUUUUUUUUUUAAUUAAAAAAGGCCGGGCACGGUGGCUCACGCUUGUAAUCCUAGCGCUUUGGGAGGCCAAGGACUUCAGCCUGCUGUACGAGGAGGCGCGCUACUAUCAGCUCCAGCCCAUGGUGCGCGAGCUGGAGCGCUGGCAGCAGGAGCAGGAGCAGCGGCGCCGCAGCCGGGCCUGUGACUGCCUGGUGGUGCGCGUCACACCCGACUUGGGCGAGCGGAUCGCACUCAGCGGCGAGAAAGCCCUCAUCGAGGAGGUCUUCCCCGAGACGGGAGACGUCAUGUGCAACUCCGUCAACGCCGGCUGGAACCAGGACCCCACGCAUGUCAUACGCUUCCCGCUCAACGGCUACUGCAGGCUCAACUCGGUACAGGUCCUGGAGCGGCUGUUCCAGAGGGGUUUCAGCGUGGCUGCAUCCUGUGGGGGUGGCGUGGACUCCUCCCAGUUCAGCGAGUAUGUGCUUUGCCGGGAGGAGCGGCGGCCGCAGCCCACCCCCACCGCUAUUCGAAUCAAGCAGGAACCCCUGGACUAGGCCCUGCUUCAUUGCCCACCUGGCCCCCCCCAGGGACCUGGAAACAGUGCUGGGGAGUUCUGCCUGUGUAUACUUGGCCAUGGGCAUGAGACUGAGGGUGAGGCUGGAGGGUCCAAAGCUGGCCCAGCGAGCACCAGGGCCCCAGGUGUCAUGGCAACAGAAGGUAGGAUGCUGGAGGCAUGCCUGCAGAAGGACUGUUGAUGUGACCCAAAGCUGCAGCGGUGGGAACUCGGCUGCCAGCUCUCCCAGCCCCUCAGCUUCCCAGCCUGGCACAGCAUCCUCUGAGGCCCCAGGGCCUGUUGGGGCGGGGUCAGAAGAGCCGUCUGCAGCUACUUCAGAGGAGCUGUUUAUCCCUCUCCACGCCGGGCAGACUCUGGCGGGUCUCCUAGCGUCCGAGAUGGCUUAUUUUUCUACAGUAUUUAAAAUGGAUGCAACCCUAACUGCAAAAGUCACAGAGGCCGACAAGGACCAACGCUUCUUUAUCUGGUGCUCAGUUCUCAGUCGGACGUGCAGCAUGGCUGCAGGGUGGACCAGCUGCCUGGCAUUCAGGCCCAGAUGCCUGCAGGGCUGGGGCUCUCGGGACUGAUGCAGGGAUGUGUGCUGCAGGGCUGCUGGGAGGAGAGUGGUGGGGGCCUGAGGGCUGAGUGACUCUGUAACCACCUGAGACCUUCACCUUUGCUGCCGUUGGGGGCUCAGGCUAUGCUCCGCGGGUCACCUGACCUCCUGCUGCCUGGGGGCUUCCGGUCCUGUCUGUGUGGACUGGCACCUGGGCUGCUGGAGAAGUCUCCUCCCGUUCGGACCAGCCUCAGGGCUGCACCUUACCUCAGGAAUGGGCCCCACCAUGAAGGGGCCCAUCUGUCAGCAGCGUCUUCUAGGUGCCCAGCUCAGGGAGCCAUCCCCAGCUCCAGUUUUCUCAUGUGAAUAUGCACAGAGUUUUAAUUAAAGUUGUUACACUAGCCUGCCGAUGAGACCCAGACACAGGCAGACCUGGCGCUCUUGACCCCCGAUUCCAGUGAGGACUGGCCCUGAGGAGUCCUUGCAGACCUGCUGCCUCCCCCACGACAGGCCCAAAGAUGGACCCCCCUGGCCCUGUGACAGCUCCCCAAGUGUUCUCCGGUGGAGAAACUGCAGAGGACUGGUGGGCGGGGCUCCCCAGCCACCACCAUCCUGUGUACAAUGGCUGUAGACUUGUAUAUGGCUCCUUUAAUAUUGUAAAGAUGCUGAUGUACAAUUGUGCGUUUGUGUGAACACAUUGCGUUCCCAGUCCAUGCCAUAAAUGAUGCUCUCAAGCAAAAGACUGGAGGCUCUGUCCUGUGCAGAAGCAGCAGCCAGACUCCCGCAUUCGAAGUUGUGCAGGGAGGUUUGGGGGCGGAACGGAUUCCUCCCUUGGAUCCUUCAGUUCACAUCGAGGAAUAACCCGCAGGGGUGGUGGGGGAAGGUCAGUGGCUGGGUCCUGAGCUUGGUGUUAUUUAUUGCAUUUGGGUGCCUGUCCCCUCAGGGCAGCACAGAUUCUGAAUUCUGAUUCACAGCCCCUAGCCAGAUGGGAACUGGGAAAGAGACAGAAGGCGUCUGGGUGCUUUUGAACCCUGUCUCAAAUGUUUGGGAUUUUCUGUCUCACUGUUAUUUGGUUGGGGAUGAUGUCCUCUUUAGACCCCCACGUAAUGGUAUGAGAAGGUGGCAGGCAGUGGCUCAGGCAGCCAGGGGGGACCAAGUCACGCAGCCAGCGUGAGACCUGCAGUUCACCUAAGCACAGAACGAGAUCUCAGUAUGCGUCUAUGUAAACAGAUUCACAUAGGCCUCCAAUUUCAAUGAGACCUUUUACAUUUUUUCUCAAAGCCCUUAUGUUCUAACCCAUGAGAACCAUUUUACCUGCCCCUUAAGGGCCACCAGCUUCGACCUGCCUCAGGGGACGGCAGCACAGACCAGCCGCUCCCUGUCCAAGGCUGCAGAGCAGACGCCAUCCCACUGUACAAUCGAAUUUGCUGGACAAACUUGAUAGGUUUCUCUGCUUAGCAACGAGCCUAUAGUUGGCACAUCUGCGUUUUGGCAUCUGAGGCUCCCAUCUGAGUGGAGGAGAAAGUGUUGUGUUUAUUAGCAAGGAAGUCUUGUGAAAACAGCUCACUGCUGUGUGUGUUUAUGGAUUUUUCUGAUAUAACAGCCAGCAUGGUUACCGAGUGGUAGAGAUUCUCGAACAUUCUCAAACUCUCUUUUUGGGUAAAGCAUUGUGCUAAAAAUAAAAUUUAUUAAUAAAGAAGGGGAAAAAGGAGUAACUCUACCUGACUAAAUGUUACUCUAUUUAUUUCUUACUAAUUAAGUAAAACCAGGAAGUAUGAUUUUACAUCAACCAGAGAAUUUCUGAAUUUAUAGGGAAAUGCUGUGUUCCCAUAAUGAUGCUAUAAUUCUAAUAUAUCUAGUCCCCAUAAACAGUAAGUACAAAUUAUCAUUCCUUUAAAGCAUUUUUACACUUCCUGGAAUGAGUAUAUUAUAAGCAAUCUUUUGUCAAAUGCCAGCAGUAUAAAUGUUACUUCUGCUCUUUGUAAACCUCAAAACUCAUUAUUCUUGAUUAUAAGCAACUGGACAGAACCAUGCUAAAGCUUCCCAGUUUCCCACCAAACCCCUGCCAGCGAGUGCAGAGAACUCGCAAAGCCACAGCAGGCGGCCUCAGCCACUGUCCCGCUCACAGGGGGCCCGAUGCCAGGUCACAACACUAAUAAUAUCUUUCAAAAAAUGUGUCUUUUUUUUUUUUUUUAAAGCUACUGCUUGACUGUUCCUUAGAACAAAUAAAGGAUAUUUUAUAAAUUACA